UUUUUCUUUCUUUGGUUAUUUUUCCGAACAACUUCUUAAGCCUGGCUGUAUUUCUUCUUCUUCUUCUUCUCUCUCGUAUCAGAUGCCGACUCAAUUCAAGGUUGUGACGGAGUUGCCAUCUAGAUCCAUCUUCUUCUUCUUCUUCUGUUAGAUCGGAAGACAGCAAGUACAGAUUUGAUAGAAGCGAAGCACCGUCGCCUGUCAACAUGAGAACAGACCCACAGAGGGAUUGCUGCAUAUAAGCAGCAAUUCAGGGAACGGGAGGUGUGCUUUUUGGUGGGAUUCAGAAAAUUUUGAGAUUAGAUUGAUCAAUCUGCCUCCGUGAAUAUGAAUGAAUCGAUGCAGCAGCAGCAACAAGCCAAAGUUUCAGACAACUCCACCGCCGCGACGGAGGAAGCGGUUUCUCCUCCUUAUCCUCCCCCUCCUCCUCCACCACCGUCUCAACGGCGGCCGAGGGUGAGGGAGGUGAGCUCUAGGUUCAUGUCUCCUGUCAUUUCAUCCUCCUCCUCCGCUUCGUCCAACUCGUCGUCGCCCCUUUCGAAGCCGCAUCGCUCGACCUCCGUUCAAAGGCCGCGGCAGCGGCACCUGGACAUGGAGCCGUUGUCUUGUUCCGAUGAGAACAGGCCCGUUGAGUCCGUUCAGAUUCAGAGCCUGGAGAACUCACCCCCUUUGGAUUCUCGAUGUAAAGCAUCUGCUCUGCCCUCUACUACUCACAGAAAACAGCGUGUGAAGCUUUUCAAAGAAAACGGAGGGGGAGGCAGAGCCGAACAACAUCUGCAGCAAACCUCAAAAACCUAUUAUGGGAAAAUUGUUAGCAACGCUUUUCCCACCCCCUCGAGGCCCGACACACCUAUGGUCACAAGCAGUAUGGAUAGGGACAGGAUAUCAUCAUCAUCAAGAUUCAGACGGUCUACCAACAACAGUGUCACAGCUGCGGCCAAGCUGUUGCAGUCAAGCGGCAUGUCAUUACCAGCUCAAUCUUCCGUUCCCCAAGAUCUAUCUUCGACGACUACCGAUGAUAGUAAUCACAACCCACCAGUAAACUGCUCAACACGAUCUCUUCCCGAUUUCCGCUCUUCCAUGCCUGAGGCUGACAUGUUGCCAACGGUUUCCAGUAGAUUGCUGCCCGAGAAAAAUUGCACUAGGGGUAAUGUGACUGCUAGCGGUGAUUCUUUCAAAUUCUCUGCUUCCCCUUGCUCCCGUUCUAUGAAUUUGCCAUUAUCAGGUUCCGAACACUCCUUGUUUCAUCCCACCAAAGGCAGUGACAAACAAGCGUAUGCUCUCUCUAAUUCAUACACAAACACUUCGAAGAUGGGGGCCCUCUGUCUGCCUCCAGUCCCGCCUUGUUCAAAAUUGGGGACAGAUGCUAGGAAGGGAAGGAAAGUUUCCACCCAUCAGGAAGAUGUACAUACACUGAGAAUGCUUCAUAAUCGCUAUCUGCAGUGGAGAUACGCCAAUGCAAAAGCAGAGGCCUCCAUCCAAGCUCGGCAAAGAGAAAGCGAGAGAACACUUUAUUCCCUUAUGGUAAAGAUAUCAGAGUUAUAUGCUUCUGUAAAGAGCAAACGCAUCGAACUUGGGCUUCUGCAAAGAACAAAGACUCUAUCAACAAUUCUUGAAACUCAAAUUCCAUAUCUGGAGGAGUGGUCUGCUUUAGAAGUGGAUUAUUCAAUUUCUUUACAAGAAGCAAUUCAAGCUUUGUUGAAUGCCUCGAUUCAACUACCCAUUGGGAAUGUUACGGCUGAUACCAGCGAGGUGGGGAAGGCACUGAACUCAGCAGUAAAGGCGAUGGAAAGUAUCCUUUAUAAUCUUCAAAGCUUCCUGCCGAAGGCAGAAGACAUAGAAUGCUUGAUUUCAGAACUGGCCAGAAUAAUCGGGGGAGAAAGAGCUCUUAUUGAAGAAUGUGGAAGUCUGUUGUCCAAGACAUGUACAUCACAGGUGGAAGAGUUCAGUUUAAGGGGACAGAUAAUCCAAUUACAUCGUUGCUGUCAUAAAGACGACCGACCAAGUAUAAAAUGAGUAAUGCUUUUUCAUCACAGCAUUUUUCAUGCUCUAGAUCAUCAUCCACCCCCUGGCCAUCAUCAUCUGUUGGAUCAACAAAAUAAGCUGUCAUAAGAAAGAAAUCUAUUACUUACUCUCUCACUCUCUCUUAGUUUUUUUGGGGUUUCAUUUCUUGUUGGAGAGGAGGGUGGGGGUAUUUUGGCAGAAUGUCUAUCAUAUUCUAUACACUUAAGGCUUACCGGGUGGCAGGGAAGAGAGAGAGUUCAUCACCCUUCUCCCCCUGCAAUUCUUUUGUUCUUGUGUAACUUUCAACAUGAGCUCUAUUGUUUUAUUUCACAGCUCUGUGAUGAGCAGAGUGAUUUUAUGCUCUCUCUCUC